CGCAGUGUGUAGUGUUUACUUCCGCCCGGCCUAGUCGGGUGCUGGGGUUAUGUUGCACGUGGGGUUCCCAGUGUGGAGUUCGCUGACGAUGUAAUGACUCUGAGUAACAUUGGGACAGACCCCAAGGGUGAGGAUGUGGGUUCCAGUGGCGGGGGUUCCUUGGCGGCUGACGCUGUCAGCCUUUUCCGGUGCAGGUCGCUUUUGCGUUUUAAGGUACCAAGCGGCGCGGUGGAAGGACGUCCCAGCGAGGAACAGCCGUGGUUUGUCUGACUUCCACCCGCAGCUGUUGCCCAGUCAGGGUUUCGGAGAAUCGCCCUCUUGGCUGUCCAAAUGCCGUCUAGAGUCCAGGCAUUACAUAACCGAUCCGAGACUAGCUGAGACCAUGGUGCGGAUCCUGUGGGGAAAAGAAGACGCUUGCAAACUAUUCCUGGAAUGCAAUCCAGGUCCUGGAAUCCUGACUCAAGCAUUACUUGAAAGAGGUGCCAGAGUGAUUGCCCUUGAAAGUGACAGAACUUUUAUUCCACACUUGGAGUCGCUAGGAAAAAAUCUGGGUGGAAAACUAGACGUGGUCCACUGUGACUUCUUUAAACUGGAUCCUAGAAAUCAUGGAGUAGUAAAACCUCCUAGUCUGACUUCACAAGUACUUUUCCAGAAUUUGGGAAUAGAAGCACUUCCUUGGUCAAAAGGUAUCCCUUUAAAAGUAGUUGGAAUCUUCCCAACUAAAAAUGAGAGAAAGACACUUUGGAAACUUUUACAUGACAUAUAUUCCUGUACUUCUAUAUAUAGAUAUGGACGAGUAGAAUUAAAUUUGUUUAUUAAUGAAAAGGAAUGCAAGAAGCUAAUGGCAAAUCCUCAGAAUCCACAUCUGUACCAAGCAUUAAGUGUGCUCUGGCAAGUAGCUUGCGAGAUUGAACUUCUGCAUAUGGAGCCUUGGUCGUCAUUUGACUUAUACACGCAAAAUGGGCAACUGGAAAAGCCAAAGUGUAGGGAGUCAUUGGGAGAAAUACAACAGAAACUGUGUUUUACUCGACUGACUCCCCGUAGAAAUUUAUUUACAGAAAACUUAACACCUGUUAACUAUGAUGUAUUUUUUCACAUGUUAAAGCAGUGUUUUAUGAAGCGCAAUGCCAAGCUAAUAGACCACUUACAUUCAUUGAGUCCAGUUGAUGCAAUGGAUAUAUUGAAGCAAACAAGAAAAAAGGAAAAAACAAAAAUAACAAAUAUGUAUCCUCGAGACUUUAAACGCCUUUUUGAAACUAUAGAGUGUUCCAAAGGUUACACCUGUAAAUGGCUAUAUGACGACUUCAUGGAAGACAUAGUCAUAUAGGGAACUGGACUGCCAAGACAGUAGCUGGCGCCGUUUAUUUUAUGUGGAAAUUAUGACACAAAUGAAAAAGAAUGAAGCUUGAAAAGCUCACAUCCAUCCAACAAAAGGUAAUGUUCUUAUUUUGCACGAACUAGACCUUUUCUUCUGAAGUUUGUACCAUGAGUACAUUGGAUAAAACAGCCGCUAUUUUAUUCACAACUGAAGAAAAUGAAAACUUCAUUUAAUUGUGGAUUUUAUCGGAUUGGAUUUGUUUUGUUUUAAAUCCCUAUCUACUGUCAACAUACUGGUUGUUGUAGGGUAUUACCAGAUGAAAUUCAGUUUUAAAAAUCCUUUUGGCCAAAUACAGUGUAUUAAUUUAAAUAUUCCACUUCCACUGUUCAUUUUUGCAGCCUCCUAGGGGGCAAACGUUUGUACAUUUUUAAGUUUAGAAAGUAAACUGAUAUAAGUGGUUUGUUUCACUUGUCAGUUUGUUGAAAUGUAUUCUGUGCAAUGAAAUUAUUCAAAUUUUAAUAUGGUUUAAACCGUUUUAGAAAUUAAAAUAUUUUAAAUAAUAAAAUUUUGUGGGUUUUUUUGGGGUGGUCUCCAUCUAAUGAAACAAAAAAUUGACCGUCACUUGCUUACUUUAAAUUCUGUCAUUUAUGGUCAAUAUACUUUCAGUGAAUAAUUCAGUCUGUUAUUCAAGUCUCUUCCAUUUUUGUUCCAUCAAGAAAGUUUUCUGAAAUUAGACCUUUACAUGAACCUAAAAAUAAGGAUAUUUUCUUAGAUUAUUGAAGAAGCUACUGGAUUUUAGCUGAGACGUAUCUCAUCUCCUCGAUAGAUUUGUUUGCUGUUAAACUUCUUAAUACCUAAGGCAUAUUAUCAGUAACUUUGUAGGGCGUGUUCUUAAUAACGCUUAGUCCAACCAGUUCUUCGCCACUUCCCUACAUUGGUUUGUACGUCAGUCUGGCUAGAAACUCUGAAUCCUCAUGUUUCUCUUGUAAUUCCUAUCCUGCUGGGACACAAUCCACCUAAUAAUAACGCCGUUCAGUUUUCCUCCUCCUGUUUCUUUCCCAGUCCUAGGCUUUCAGCCCGAGUUUCUGGAGCUUCUGAAACAACUCUCUUUUACCUGGAGUCCAUCGUGUUUAUUAUUGUAUCUUAACCUUUCUAAAAUCUCUACUUCACCAUAAACUAUUCUAAGGCCUUGGUUUCUGAAUGGGUAAUGGUGACAUCUACCUCUAAGGGUUAUUGUCAGGAAUAAAUGAGUUAAGAAAGGGCUCAGCAGAGAAGCUGACAGAAUGUUGGCUAUAAAAGUUAGUAUGAUGUAUUAUCUUCCCCCAUUCCCUCCUAUGCAGGUAGCGGAGGCCUCUGUGCCCUCUUCAUUCUGCAUUCAAAAAACUAGAAUUAAAAAAGAAUUGUCUAUUCAGUAAAAGAUGUAAAUAAUUAAUGAAGCUUAAUAUGCGGAGGUGGCUGCUCACAGUAGCAUUAAGGUCCCAAGAAUUUGGAAUUAAGAUUAGCCUUGUUGUUACCAGGAAAAACCCAGAGGAGUCAGUAGUGUCCAAAGCCUCACUAAAAGAGAGAUCAGCCAAGUUCACUAAAAACUGACAGUCCCUUAGAGGUAGUAGCAAUUAGGAGAUCAGGCCAGUUUCAGAGACGUGGUGGAGACAGAACCCCGAUGGCUGUGUGCGAUUUCUUUCGUGAUAGAUAAUCUUGGCUGUGCAAGAAAGCAUAAGGAGACUGCAGGGUUUGAGGUGGGUUCCUGUGUUUCUUAGUUUAACUUCUUACAGAUAAGACAUUUAAGCAUGUUACUAGGUUACAAGAAUGUCAGCUGAGAAACAUUUUAAAUAUAGCUCAGAGAGAUUAACUGAUGAUUUUUAGGGAAGGGAAUGGGGUUGAAACAGCAGAGAAGAACAUUUUGCUCUUAGCUCAGAUAAAAGGAGUAUGGAUUCUAAUAUAAAUACAUGUAGGGGUCAAAAGAUGAAUGAAUGUCUUACAAGUGGAUAUGCUCUGAGAAAUAGCAGGCAGUGUCACUUCAGACAAAAUGGAAGCAGGGACUUGAGAAACACAAAGAUUAUUAAUGCUGUGGGCGAUCAGAAAGGGAGGUAAAGAGGGACAUUAACUAAUACAGAGGGUCUAGCUAAGGAUGGAAACCAAAUUUAUAGUGGUGUGCCAUUUUAGGACUGGAGCAAUGGAGAAUAUGGGCGAUUAGAUGAAUGAAAGUCGUGUAUUAAGAUUAGCCUUUAGGUCUUUGCUUGUGAGUGAUUUCCAUUACUUGUAGAGUGAUAAAUUAGUCUGAUAUUCAGUAUCUUUGUGGUGGAUGAUGCUUCUGAAAGGCAGGGUGGGCAUGGCCACAUCUCUUUUUGGGGAGAACAUAGUUGACUGAUAUCCCGAGCUUCUUCCCCCCUGAAUCCAUCACUGUUUAUGCCAAGGCUGCACUUCCUGCACGCUGUUCCCAGGCAGUGCCUGAGCAGGGUGGAAGUACGAAGGCAGGCCCCUCUGGUGACACAACUCGAGCGGGUAGGUGUGGCUCAAAGACUCCUUGGUGGCCUGGCUGAACUGUUCUUGGAAUUCUGCUGCGGUCCAGGAGUGGGGACCCAC